AUGGCUCAGCGAGGCGACCAGUCUUCGUCAUCGUCUUCCUUAAAAUUGCUAGGGUUUCCUCUAAUGUCGACGUCGCCUGGAUCAAUAUUACCCUAUGCAAUGCUCAAUGAUCUAAAUUCAGAAGAGAGAGGAUUGUAUUUGAUUCAUUUGGUAUUCUAUUGCGCGCAUCACGUGGCUUCAGCAGAUCUUCGUGUAGCUAACGUCGCCCUAGGUCAGAUAUUGCACCUAGCCUCGCCUUGUGGCGACGCCGUGCAGCGAAUCACUCUGUAUUAUUCUCAGUCUUUAGCUGAUAAAAUCUUCAGAACAUUGCCUUGUGCUUACAAGGUUCUGAAUUCCACCAAAGCUUGCGAUUUCUUCGAGGAAGCUGUUGGGAGGAAGUUGUUUUAUGAGUUGCUGCCAUUUAUGAGGGUUGCUGCCGUGGUGAGCAACCGUACGAUAGUUGAGUCGAUGGUGGGUGAAAAUUUGGUUCAUGUGAUAGACUUGAAUGCAGAUGAUCCUCUGCAAUGGUGUGGCCUUAUUCGGGACUUUAGCGGCCGGCCGGGGGGCCCGCCUCAUUUAAGGAUAACAAGCGUUCACCGAAGCAAGGAGGCGUUGGAACACAUGUCGAAGCUACUGACUCAAGAAGCCGAGAGAUUGAACUUCCCGUUUCAGUUUAACCCCGUGGUUUGCGAAUUGGAUAAUCUCGAUGCCGGGAAGUUGCGCGUCAAAACAGGGGAGGCUGUUGCUAUUAGUUCCUCAUUGAAGUUGCAUACUCUCUUGGCUCCCGACAAUGGCGUUAGGACAAACUCUGGAUCGACACCAAUGAAUGGCCCUGUGGCACGUUCUUCGCAGAGGGAUGCGCAAUCGAAUGAGGGAGUGUUAAGGGAGUAUAUUGGGAGGAAUCCUAAUGCUGCUGGCUAUUGCCCGAGUAGCGAAACGGCUGCAUUAUCGCCGCAGUCUGAAUUCUAUUCGCCAAAUUUUUAUCGCGUAGUGAGCAAUCUGUGGUGCCUGUCUCCCAAGAUCAUGGUGGUGACGGAGCAGGAUUCGGAUCACAAUAGCAAGAGCUUUAUGGAGAGGUUAUCGGCGUCCAUCUACUUCUACGCUGCGUUGUUCGACUGUUUGCAGUUAGUUUUGCCAAGAACGUCUGGGGAGAGAUUGAAGAUUGAGAAAAUGAUGUUUGGAGAGGAGAUCAAGAACAUCAUAGCCUGCGAGGGGUCGGAGAGGACAGAGAGGUCGGAAAGGCUCGAAAAGUGGAAAGUGAGGCUAGAUAUGGCUGGUUUUGAGAAUGCUGCGGUGAGCGCCUACGGGUUGCUGCAGGGGAACCUGUUGCUGCAGCAGAGCGCGAACCGCGGCAGGUGCUCGAUCAGAGGGGAGCGCGGCAGCGCCUUGAUCUGCUGGAAUGGCCGGUCAAUUUUCUCGGUGUCGGCUUGGAGGAUUAAGAGGCUGAAAAAGAAGCAAAAAAUAAAGUCAUUAGUUAUGGGCGACGAGUUGUUCUUACAACAGUUGCAGCAGCAGCAGACAGCAGAAGGAAGCCUGGAAACCCUUAAGCAGCUGCAGGCUACUGAUUCUGAUUCGAAUUCAGAUUCAUUAUUCUCAUCAUCAAACCCUCCUGGAUUCUUCAUCGACACUCAUCACAAUCAGAUUCUCAAUCAAACAAAAAGAAUACCAUUGAACAACCAUCACAAAAAGCGGUUAGGACCAGACACGAAAGCCAAACGCAGCAAUACCGCGGCAAAGGGAGCCGGAGCCGGAGUUGUCCAUGUCCGAGCCAAGAGAGGGCAAGCCACAGACAGCCAUAGUCUAGCAGAGAGGGUCCGAAGAGAGAGGAUCAACGAGAAGUUGAGAUGCUUACAGGACAUCGUCCCCGGAUGCUACAAGACCAUGGGAAUGGCGGUGAUGUUGGACGAGAUCAUCAACUAUGUUCAGUCCUUACAGAAUCAAGUCGAAUUUCUGUCGAUGAAGCUUACUGCCGCUAGCUCUUUCUACGACUUCAACUCCGAGACCGAUGCAUUGGAGGCAAUGCAGAGAGAAAAAGCAUUUGAACCGAUCAAAGUUCAAAAUGGGCUUACUUCGAUGUGUCUAAAUUUUGGGGUUUAUCCUCAAUUAUCACAAGAAAGAUGAAGAGGCCGGAGUUUUUUCUGUUUUUUUCUUUCUUCCCUAAUUUUGUCUCGAUUAAACUUGUAAUGACCCAAGAAAUUAAACAAGAAAGAAAGACACUUGUUCAUAGUGUAUCUAUAGCAAAAGAUGGGCAUAUGAUGGAUCGAUCGAACUCUACUCUACGUCGCCUUAAUUCCUUCUUCGACGACGGACAAUAUAUGGAUCAGGUGCAGAUCGAGUAAACUGUUGGUAAUAA